GGUCCAAUCACAUAAGUGGAACCAAGCUAAAACGUUGUGUUUCGUUACCCACACGUCGGACUCUGCAAUGCAAUAUGCAAAAAAAUUAUGCAGCAACAAGCAGAGUACAAAGUACUACCACAUCUCCAAAGAUCCAAUCCCAAUCCAUUCAAAAUACCCUGAGCAAUCUCAUACUGCCAAAUCAGGACCGUAGCAGUGUGGAAUCGCUAGAUUCGCCUAGUAACUACAUCGUUGGAUCUAGCCACAGAGGUAUCUCUAAAGACGUUUUGACACCUCAGCAAUUGGAGACAAUCAGCGCACAUAAAGUUAUUGAUACCUGGAAAUCGGCAAAUGUCAUAAAUAGUGAUAGCUUAUUGCACGCCUUAGGAUUUAAUGAGGAUGAGAUUAGUUUCAGUCAGCUGGCUACUGUGCUUGAAGAGGAAGUCCGCGGUCUGGAACAAGAUCCAAACUGUAAUGUCUUGCGUGCAUUAGUAGCGUUACAAUCUGAAGAGUUAAACUCACUUCGAGAAGCAUACGGUCAACAGUACAACGAGAAUUCGAAGCUGCGCGCAGACAACAAAUCUGCUAACCAGCGGGUAGCCAUGCUGGCCGUCGAAGUGGAUGAGCGCCAUGCAACGCUAGAGGAUAAUUAUAAUCAGCAACUGCAUCAAUUAGAGCAGCGACAUACAAAUGUAAUACGUGAGUUAACACAACGUAUGGGAAAUGAUCGUGAUCAUUGGACUAGUAUGACGGCCCGACUGGAGGCACAAAUAAAAUGUUUUGAGCAGCAAGAGAUUAAAUUUAAAACAGAACUAGAAUUGGUGCGUAACGAAAACGUUGAGCUGCAUUCGGAUCAUCAAAAAUGUCAACAGCAGAUAACAGAUCUAUUAGAACAAAACAUAGCACUAAACCAAAAACUGGCAUUUUGUGAGCCAUUAGGCCUUGAUGGUAGUUCUACAUUCAGCAAUGAUAAAUCGACUAAAACCAUAGAAGAUGAUGAUGAGUUACUACAGGUGAUGGAGAAAAUGGCAGUGCUACAAAUGGAAAAUUCACAAUUGCGAGAUAAAACAGACGAACUAACAAUUGAAAUUGAAAAUUUACAGAUCAAGUUGUCGCGUACAAAUUCAAGAAAAAUUAAGUUACCCGUAUGUACUGUUAGCAAUUUGGAGUCCAUAGAGCUUAGUGAUGAUCUUGGGGUCGCUUGCAGUGGAUUGGCCACUAAGCGUCGGGGUGACUCGCCCAGCAAGACAUAUAUAGCAGAAGAAAGUCCGCGACUUGGUAAGCAACGUAAAUGUUCAGAAGAAAGCGAGUCAAGUGAAAAUAGUAUCGAUUGGUUUGAGGCCAAUUCUGAUGGGAGGCUGCAGCGUUGUAAAAAGCAUGAAGAAGAAAUUUUAACCCUGCGCCGUAGCAUAGUACAGCUGGAACUUGAAUUAAAGACCACACCUUCAAGGGCAGCAGCAAUUGACGAAAGCUAUAAAAUCAGGCCUAUUACGCCAGAGUCACGCUGUAAAGAGCUCGAAAGCAGCUUGGAACAGAUGCAGCGUGCAUACGAAGAAUGCGAAGACUACUGGCAGUCUAAGCUAAGUGAAGAGCGUCAGCUAUUUGAAAAAGAGCGUCAGAUUUAUGAGGAUGAACAGCUGGAGAGCGAUAAAAAGUUUACAGAGCUUAUGGAAAAGGUGCGCGAAUAUGAGGAACAAUACAGCAAAGAUGGUCGCUUGUCCCCCAUUGACGAGCGUGAUAUGCUGGAGCAGCAGUAUGUCGAGCUCGAAGCCGAGGCAGAAAAUAUGCGCACUAAUUUUAUUCGCAUGCUAGAAGAGAAAUCACAGCAAAUUAGUGAUUUGCAAUGUGAAAUCGAUAAUCUGCGUACACGCCUGGGCGAGAGUGUUGAAAUACUUACUGGGGUAUCUGACAUACAAACAGAGCCUCUUCAAGAUGUUAACACACAGAUUGCAGGAAGUCCAGCCAGCUCUCCAAUUAGUUACCUAUGGCAUCAAAGUACAAUUCAAGAGCCCCUGAAAACUUUUUCUAGAAACACUAAUGAAAUCAGUGCGCUAACUCUUGAUCUUUUUGCUGCCCAAUCUCCAACUCACAAAGCCACCAGCCGGUAAGUAUUUAAGCUUCGAGCUAU